GAGAGAGAGAGAGAGCGUGCACGAGCAUGCGUGAAAGAGCAGCUCUCUGAGGGCGAUUAUAACGAGAAAAGAGGGAGAGGGAGGAAGACAGAUUAAACAGACUGAACGCAACUGUUGUUUUAAUCCUCUGAGCGGAUAGAUUUAGAGAAAAAACCCUCCUGAAUUGGAGAAGAGCAGCCAUAUUGCAUGGACCUUCGGUGGAGUAAUAAUACGAGUCACCGGAGCAGAGAUACACGGAGUUCACGAGCAAACGAUCCGCUCAGCAGCCGACUGACUACUCGUACACAGCACUUUCCCGUUUCAUUUGACUUUCUCCUAUUUAUUAUUUAUUUAUUUUAUUUUUAAGAUAGUGUUAAGCAGUAGAUUGAAAGAUGAAGGACCGACUGGAGCAACUAAAGGCGACUUGCGAUCAUGAUGAUGAUGAUGUUGAGAUCGCUGUGGACAACGCUGCCUUUAUGGAUGAGUUCUUCUCCCAGAUCGAAGACAUCAGGAACAGCAUUGAUAAGAUCGACGAGAAUGUGGCCGAAGUGAAGAAACUCUACUCGGUUAUUCUUUCUGCACCAACAUCAGACCAGAAAACGCAGGAUGAUUUGGAGGCACGUACUAACGAUAUCAAGAAAAUGGCCAACAAUGCUCGUAACAAACUGAAGACCAUUGAAAGGAAUCUAGAGAUGGAAGAAGUGGAGAGAGUAUCGGCCGACUUGAGAAUACGCAAAUCACAGCACGCCGUACUUUCCAGGAAGUUUGUUGAUGUGAUGACCAAAUACAAUGAAGCCCAGGUUGACUUCAGAGAGAAAAGCAAAGGUCGCAUUCAGAGACAAUUAGAGAUCACUGGUAAAACCACAACUGAUGAGGAGCUGGAGGAGAUGCUGGAGGGAGGAAACACAGCUGUUUUCACAGCGGGGAUCGUGGAUUCAGGGAUCUCUAAACAAGCGCUGAGUGAGAUCGAAUCACGUCACAAAGACAUUGUGCGUCUGGAGAGCAGCAUAAAGGAACUGCACGACAUGUUUGUGGACAUCGCCAUGCUGGUGGAGAGCCAGGGCAACAUGGUUGAUAACAUUGAGGUGAAUGUAGGUAAAGCAGUCGAUCACGUUGAAGCGGCAAAAGCUGAAACCAAGAAAGCUGUCAGGUAUCAGAGCAAAGCCAGGAAGAAAACGAUUAUUAUAGUGUCUGUGGUUUUGGCGGUUUUGGCAGUUAUUGCGCUGAUAGUGGGUUUAUCCGUAGGUCUGAAAUAAAGGCUGUGAAGAUGAUCGUACUGGGGGUGAUUGGUGCUGUGGUGUCUACGAUAACCUCUGUGGCUGCUCACAAACUCUCCAUGAUUACAGAUGAUCAUUUCCUCCACUCCUUUCCACCCUCCCUGUUUUUCCUUGGAAGUACGUCAAGACAAAUGCUCCGCCCCCUUCACCUGUGGCCCCUCCCCUCAUCAGCACAAACCAAUGGGAACCCGAGGGAUGCUCAAGGAAACAGACUGUGUUUUUUUGUUGUUGUUGUUGUUGUUGUUAGGAUGUGAUUGGAAAUGUUUAAGGAACUUCUACUACAUUGAAGGAAGCACGUUUUAAAUACACGGACAAAUCCAUGAGCACAAAAUAAGGGAUUUUUAUGAGACUUAUAAGGGGAAGGUAACUUCCAUUUCACGCCUUAAUGUUUUUAUUGUAUCGUGUGUUCAUUAGACACAUCAGUGUCUACAUCUACCGGAUGAACUGCUGAGAUUUUCUUGAUCAAAAGGGCUUGGAGACUCAAAUGUGAUUCCAGCUUCUAUUUUGGAUCCCUAUGAAAUGAACACCAUAAGCUAAGCAUUGAUGGGACGUCCAGAACGGGAGAAGCCCACACGAGUAGAUUUUUAUUGUGAUGAACGUCUGUAUGGGAAUUAACCUAAGGAAUAAAUUACUUUAUAUAUUUUC